GUUACCGGCCUGCAAUAUUAUGGGAAAGGGGACAUCCGACUGGAGCAGAUUACCUCACUUCCAUGUGGCCCCGACGAAGUCAGACUCAAAGUUGCAUACUGUGGCAUCUGUGGCAGCGACAUUCAUGAGUUCCUCGGCGGGCCCAUCUUUCCACCUCAGAAAGGGGAGACAAACAAGUACACCGGCGUGAGCCUACCAAUCACCAUGGGCCACGAGUUCUCGGGGACCGUUAUUGAAGUAGGUUCCCAGGUCAAUGAUAUCACCAUAGGCCAGGGGGUCGCCGUAAACCCAGCCUGGGAUCAUCGCCACUACGGUGCCGACCCCUGCGGACCUUGCAAGAGAGGUCGGUUCAACACUUGCGAUGACAUGACGACGUACGGGCUUGGUGCCCCUGGCGGCGGCUUUUGCGAAGAAGUCGUUGUCAAGGCCAUGAAUUGUAUUCCUCUGCCUGAUGGUGUCAGCCUCAAGGUGGCAGCACUCUCCGAACCGCUGUCUGUUGCACACCACUGCAUCGACAUAUCGGGCUUUAAACCCGGUCAGACAGCCCUUAUAUGUGGCGCUGGACCAAUUGGCCUGGCUCUUGCGGCUAUAUUGCGCGUCAAGAAGGCUUCCAAGAUCAUCAUGAGCGAGAUUUCACAGUCCCGUAUAGCGCAGGCCCCGAAGUUCGGCGCUGACGCUGUCAUUAAUCCGCUAGACAAGGGAAAUGAUGGGGGACAUCCGCAGCCAGACCCAGUGUUGACCACUGUGGCACAUCUCACAGAAGAUGGUGUCGAUGUCGCGUUCGAUGCCACGGGUCUGCAGUCAACUCUUGAUCUGUGCAUUGCUGCUACCAGAGCAGGGGGGGUCAUCUUCAAUGUUGCCAUUCACGAGAGGCCUUUGCAAAUCAACUUGAACGACCUUGUAAAGAAGGAAAAGAAGCUCAUGGGUGGAAUUUGCUACCAGAAUAGCGACUUUGAAGCCGUGUUGCAAAUCUUGGCAGAAGGCAGGCUCAACGCAGAGGAUAUGAUCACAUCCGUUGUACCGCUAUCCAACGUGGUGAAUGGAGGGUUUGGUGAGCUGAUCAAUAAUAAAUCAGCUCAUGUCAAGAUUCUAGUCAAACCU